UCGGCUAUCGGCAGGCAAGCAUCGAGAAUCGUCCACGCACCACAUGACUCCCGCAUAAGAGUCCCAACAAAAGAGCAGGAAAGUCACCACCAUCUAUCAUAUUCCAGAACAGCGACGCCUUCGUCACCUCCUUGUCACUCGUUGAAUGCACCUGCAACAACGUUUGAUCGCCGCAGGGUGCUGGCUUGAGCCCUAAACAACUUGCAGCGGAAGAGAUCCGGACAGAAGCUUGACUCUGGCAAUCGCUCGGUCCACGACCAAUCCCCACACCACGUGUUGCAUUCUGCGCCUUUGAGUCGUCAGCCCUACCCAGCUACCACGGUGCAAGCACCACACACCAGCACCGGUGAUGAAGUUCGGCCACGUUUUCAAGCAGUGCCUGCGGAACGAGGGAUUUCCGCCCGAGUGGGUCGAUUCGGCCAUUUCCUACAGCCAGCUCAAGAAGGUCAUCAACCGCCUGACAGAUGAGCUGCGGCAGGUGGGCCUUGACCCGGCCACUCUCUCGAAGCUGCUGAAGCAUGUUGAGGAUUACAAUGCCUCGGCCGGCCAGGAUGGCGACCAGGACCGGCCCUUUGAGUACAUCUUGAACGGCGAUAAUGCUAAAACAACGUCACCAAAGGCAAAGAAGCCUUUCCACCCAAAGCUGCUCUUCUACGUCAACGAGAAGAACGGCGAUGUGGACAGUGCCAGUAUCGAUGAGGAAACCAAGCACAAACUGCAGAUGCUAGCCGUUGAGACAGGCAUGACAGAUCUGCGAGUCUUCGAAGAUGCAGACUCCCAGAAGCCACCAGGAACCGAAACCGCCAUCCACGGCUCACGAUCCGGAUACCGCACCGUCGAAGUCCCCCUAACCUCCGACACGGAGUUCUUCACCCAGCUCACUUCCGAAGUCGCCGGUCUCGAAAAGCUCCAAGAACGCGAGGAAAAGCGCAUGCACGCCUCCAUCGAAUCGCUCGGCUCCCAAAUCGCCAAACUAACCGACGUCAACAAGCGCUCCAACAAGAAAACCAUCGCCGCCUGGCGCCAAGUCUUCCAAAUGUACAUCGAAGAAGGCAUUUUCUUCGGCAACACGGAGCAGGACCACAAAUCCCACAACGCAGACAAAGCUACACAACGACUGGCUGAAUUCAGCAACAAGAUUGCGCGAGCGGGAUUGGUGGAGAAGUUCAAGAAGAAGGAGAAUAUGACCGCGCUGAAUAUGUUUAUGCAUAUCAACCGUGAGAUCCUGCAGGGUCUGCGCUUCGGCGAAAUAAACCACAAUGCUAUGAUCAAGAUUCUGAAGAAGUUCGAUAAGCGCACGGCGCUGGGUGUGAAGAGGACGUUCCCAAGACAAGUCGAGUAUCCAGAGUUCAGCGAGCAUUUGGCCAAGGCCGUAUGUGCUGAGGUCAAUACAAGGAUCCUGAGCCACGUACCGCAGCUCGACGACUACAGCUGUCCGAUGUGCUGCGAGAUCGAGUGGCGGCCCGUCAAACUCUCCUGCGGACACGUGUUCUGCAUCAGGUGUCUCAUCGUUAUGCAGAACAACAAACAGCACAACUGUCCAUUCUGCAGGGCGAAGACCGUCUUCGACGCGAACUCUGAUAAUCUCGACAACGAACUCGCUGUCUUCCUGAAGAAAUGGUUUCCGGACGAAGUCAAGGCCAAGCAGCGCUACAACGAGCACAUGGCUGGGGUUGACCAGUAUGGUGAGGUGUAUGCGGAUCAAAAGUGCGUUGUCAUGUAACGUGUUCGUGAAU